CCACACUUCGCCAGUAUGGCUACACAAACGUCGAUCGAAGAAUUCUCGGUCCUCCAGGCCGAGAUGAAGGAGUUCUCGGCUCAAAUCGAACGUAAGCUUACCGAAAAGAGAGCCCAGUUGAUCAGUGAGAAACAAGAGCAUUACAUCAAAGUCAAUGAGUUGAGAAGCGAGGAGGCCAGACUCCAAAACGACAUAACCAACCUCGAAAGCAAGGAGUCCAAAACUAAGGAGAACUUGAGAGGUGCCUUGGAAGGCUUGCGGGCCCAAAGGGACAAGGUCGAUGAACUUAUACGAAAGCAGGAACAGUUGGUAGACCAGCGCAACGAGCUACAACAGCUGGUUAGCGAGUUACAGAAGUCAAUCCAGGAGAGCACACAUGAACUAGAGAGGUCAGAGAAGAGCUUGACAACCCAAAUACGGCGAGACUAUCCCGAGUUGUUAAAAUUUGAACAGUACUUGGGGUUAAGAAUAGAGGCAGUAUCAAUAGACUUGAUAAGGUUUGUGUUUACCAAUAUUGACACCAAUGAUUUUGAUAGGGAGUUUUGGAUUCAGGUCAAUGUUGGCUCUGAGACCUACAAGGUUGGGCCCUCCAAUCCUGAAGUCAGCCCUGAACAAUUGACAAAAUUGGAGACUGAUUUCAAUGCCCACAAGGAGCUUGUACGCUUCUUGAAGGCAGCUAGAAAUUUGUUCAAAGAAAUGGCAUAAAUGACAAUGAGUAACGAUAGAAAUAAUAUAAC